AUGCCGCUCCCAAGUACUGAACGCGUUGCGAUCGUUGGAGGUGGCUGCACUGGAAUCGCCUGUUUCUGGGCUCUGCAGAAUUCUAUCCAUGAUGUUCAUUUAUUUGAGGCGUCCUCGAUCUUGGGCGGUCGCAUCAAGGCUAUUCCAUAUGAGCAUGACAAAAACCGAGUCGAUGUGAACACGGAGUCUCCCUUGUUUAAUUUUGAGAACUCCCCUAACCUUGUUUCCAUGCUUGGCCAUCUUGGAGUUGCUACAUCUCCAGUGCCGUUCUAUUUCAACUCAUCGGACGGUAGCAACACUUUUGAAUGGUUCGGCAGCCUUCUUAAGAGCCUCAUGUAUAAACCUUGGAUACUGUGCAAUAUUGAAACAUAUCGCCUCCUGGCCGACUUCAUCUGGCUAAAGUAUUGGGCUUUGGAUGCAUUGGCUUCUAAGUCUUGGGUGUGGGCUCUCGGUACUUCCGACUCUCAAGCCUCGCUCAGUACACACGAUUACCUCGCAAAUGAGGGGUACUCGGGCACUUUCUAUGAUGGCUACCUCUCGCCAUUAUUCUCGACACUGUGGAAAACAAAUGCAGGCAGGUUUCUUCCGCAAUUGCCAUUUGACGCUCUCAUUCAUUGUCUGAAUGAUUAUCAAAUCCUUUCCCCGCAUCAUACUGCAUCUCAGUGGCAGCGCAUAAACAUGGGUGUACACCAUUUCGUCAAAUCUAUGACCAGAGAAUUUUCCCCUGCAAAGGUCCAUCUCAAAGCCAGGGUUCGCGAAGUAUCCGCCAUUGGCAAAAAGGGAUACAUUCUCCUCGCGUCUGACGCUCAGCCGAUGUAUUUCGAUCAUGUUGUUUUUGCUGUGGAUAGCCAAGAAGCAUUGCGAUUGCUUCAUCCAAAGCUUAGUUCUGGAGAGAGGGAUAUUAUUCAAAGUUUCAAGGCAGCUCAAAACGUUGCUGUUCUACACUCGGACGUGAUGCUUUCACCCGGUGUAUCUCGAUCGUGGCCAGCACACGAUUAUAUUAUACCACAGAGUGGUCACAACCAGCAUCAUUGCUGCUCUAUUUUAGAACCGGCGACCGGAAAAUCGUCCCUCACACACAAUGUAAAUACUCUUCAAGACAUUUCGACCUGCGUUUUUGGUCGUAUCUUCAUCACUUUGAACCCGUUCACCCCGCCACACCCUCACCUCGUUCAGGGGGUAUGGGAAUUCACGGAUCCUGAACCCAAUCCUGAGUACCUCUACGCUCAAACCCGGUUGCACUCCAUUCAGAACAAGCGUGGGCUCAGCUACGGUUUCCGCUGGACAGGUCGCGGCUUUUUAGAGGAUUCGGUUACCGCUGGCCUGGAGAUUGCGGUAGAUCAUUUGGGUGCAAAGGUACCCUUUGAAAUUGACCAUCGACAUGCUCUAGAUUUGUCGCCCUUCUCCUUAGGUUUGGGCAUAACAGAGCAUGUCGUUCGGUUGAUUUUGGUCUUUGGCCGUGUCUAUUUCCAACUACUUGAGCUCGGUUUGAUUCUGCUGAGUACCUCCUGGUUGGCUUUCCCAAACGUCCGGACCCUGAUCAUGCGUUGGAACAAGGAUAGAGCAUUCAGCCAGUCCUAA